AUGUCAUUGAAAGCAUUUCCAAUUAUUUUCUUUAAUAUGGGCGGUGAAAUGAUAUAUAUAUUAGAACAACGUUUAUCAGCUCAAGAAAUUAUUGAUCAAAAAUCAGUUAAAGUGGUUAAUGAUGUUGUUAGUGCGAUGUUUGAAACAAAAUUUCUCGAACAAAUUCUUCGACCACAAGAACUUUAUCCAAAUAAAUAUGUUAAACAUAUCUUUGAAAAAUUAGCUCAUUCAAGCAUUAUGAGAUUAAAUGAAGCUAGUAUGGAUAAAUUAUACGAUUUAAUGACAAUGUCUGUUAAAUAUCAAAUAAUGCUUUGUCCAUGUGCAUCUGAUAUGAUGAAAGUUACUUAUAAUCAUGUAAAUUCAAUGCGAAAAUUAAUUCGUAGUUUUACAGUACUUGAUCUUUUGGAUAAAGCAUUUGUAGCAUUUAAUAAAUUUUAUGAACGAUUGAAUGAUACUGAAUGGUUAUUUAUACGAGAUACAGUACUUCUUUUCUUUCAAGAUGUUCAUAUACGAGUUUCAGUUUUUCUUCGAGAAAAUUUACAAACUCAACAAGGUCAAUUUAUUAUAAAAACAAAUGGUGUUGUACCCAAUGGUUUUCAACCACCCGGUGAAAUUCGUACUUAUACUAAAGGUCGUUUGAAUAAUACACAUACAUUCGAUGCUGGUGAACAACAUGAACCAACUGAUGAUAAACGUGCUUUUCAUUUAGGUUUAAAUGUUUUUUCCAAGAAUAAAAAUGCAAAAGAAGUAUUAGCAAGUGAAAAUAAAGUUCGUCAACCAACUCCAAUGGUUAAUGCUGCAUCGGAUAUUGACAUGAUUAAUCCUGAUCCAAAAAUGAUUGCACAACUUAAUUUACUUUCUGAUCUUAUUGGAAAUAAUACGAAAGCAGAUUCAUCAAAAUCUGGUCUUAUCAAAUUAUCAUUAUUUAAUGAUAAUGAUGAGGAUGAUGAUGACGAUAUGAGACCACCAAUUCAAACACGUUCGAACGCAUCUUCUUCACAUAAUCAACAACAGAAAAAUGAAGAUAUUACCAUUGAUGUAUCAAAACGUAAUCCAAAUUCUCGUUUAUCUCAUGUUUUACAAGAUUUUGAUCUUGAUGAACGUUCAACACGACGAGGCAAAAAUAAUAAUGAUGACGACGAUGAUGAUGAUUUAUGUUCUAUGAUGGAUCGUUUACCUGGUGCUGGAAAUAAACGACGAUAA